AUGAUUUUGUUCAUUAUUUUGACUUUCGCUGCUGCUGGAUUGCUUUAUUUGUAUUUGAUAUGGAAUUUCAGUUAUUGGUCUAAACGGCGUGUUCCGUCACCAAAAGCUAAGGUUCUACUCGGUGAUUUACCAAAUGGAAUUUUAAGGAAGGAAAAUAUGGCAUACGAUUUUGAGCGGCUAUAUAACAAAUAUAAAGGCAAGACUCCAUUCGUUGGCAUCAUUCAACUGCGUGACCCACGCUUAUUGAUUUUAGAACCAGAAUUAAUUAAAGAUGUUCUUGUCGGUAAAUUUCAUUACUUUAAAAAUAAUGAAUUUGCAGAUAUGAUUGACACAAAGCUUGAUCCGCUGUUUGCAAAGAAUCCAUUCUUCUUAAAGGACGACGAAUGGAAAGAAAAGAGAGCUGAGAUCACUCCAGCAUUUACUACGAACCGCAUGAAAGCACUUUAUCCACUUAUUCAAGAUGUCAGUGCCAGAAUGGUCAAGUACAUCACAAUUGAGUCCAAAAAAUCCGAUCCAUUCGAUGCUCGUGAAUUAUCCGCAAAAUACACAACGGAUGUGGUCAGCAACUGUAUUUUUGGAGUUGAUGCUGAGUCAUUUACUAAGGAAAAUGCUAAAAUUCGUGAAAUGGGCAAAAAACUGUUCUCAUCGUCCCCAUGGAUUUUCAUCAAAAUGAUCCUUAUUGAAUCUUUCAAAUUUUUAAAACGGUUCAUAAAGAUUCAAUUUACUGAAAUAGAAAUUCAGCAGUUCUUUGUUGACUUGAUGAAACAGGCAUUGAAGUACAGAGACGAGAAUAAUAUCCAACGUGAAGAUUUUCUUGACUACAUCAUUCAACUGAGGAACAAGAAGAACAUUAGUGAAUUAGAGAUGGCAUCGCACACAAUCAGCUUCUUCAGUGAUGGUUUUGAGACGUCAUCGAUUGCUAUUUCACAUGCUCUUUAUGAGCUCGGGAAGAGCAAACGUGUCCAGGAUAAACUACGCGAAGAAAUCAAGAAUAAUGCCAACAAAAAUGGUCAAAUAAGUUUCGAAAAGCUCCAAGAAAUGUCUUAUCUCGAUCAAGUCUUUCAUGAAGCUCUACGUAUGCAUCCACCUCUUGUGACUUCAUCAAGAUUAUGUUCUGAAGAUGUUGACUUGGAGUACGAUGGCAAGAAAGUCACUGUUGAGAAAGGAAUGAGUGUUUUUAUUCCAUAUUUGAGUGUUCAUUAUGAUCCCGAGAACUUUUUGGAACCAAAGAAUUUCCAUCCAGAGAGAUUUGAUGAUGGAGCUAUGAAGGAUUAUCUGGACCGAUGCGUAUUGAUGCCAUUUGGGGGUGGUCCGAGAAUUUGCCUAGGAAUGAGAUUCGCCUUACUUCAAAGUAAAGCUGCUCUAGCUGCUAUUGUUGGAAACUUCGAAGUGACUGUCAAUUCAAAGACACAAGACAAUCCAUUAGUUAUUGAUCCCAAAGAAUUCUUGAAUAUCAAAACAGGUGGAUUGUGGCUGGACUUUAAGCCUUUGAGUGAGGAGUAA